AUGCCUAUCUGUCCAAAAUCAAGUAACACUAACAACAAGUGGAAAUUAGAAUACGAUACAACUUUAAAUCAAUAUUAUUAUGUUAAUUUACUUGAUAAUUCAAUAUCGUUCGAUUCACCGUGUGAAGUGAACCAUAGAAAACGUAAUAUAUUUGGAAUAAAAACAAAUUCAACUUGUCUGUUUUUUGAAAAACCAUUCCUUGUAAGGAAAAUAAGUUCAAAAUUGAGUCUUAAGAAACUGAGAUCAAACAAUUCAACAUAUUCAACUAAUUCAACUAAUUCAAGCUCAAGUAGGUAUAAUAUAGAAGAAUUUGAAGAAGAAGAUGAAUCAAAAUCUAUCAAUUCUAUAAUUUCUGGAAUUGAUGAUGAAUAUUAUUUAUACAAUAAUGAAAUUAAUAAAUUUAGAAAUUUUGCAGGAACUACAAAUGUUAAUAAUAUAACGAAUUUGGAUCCUAUUGAAACUCCCGUUUUUAAUAGUUUGAUAUCUACUGUUUCUGAUACUUCGGUACGUGAAGUUACUAGAGUUUAUGAAUCUGAUACUGAGAGUACUGUUUCUGAUUUUGAUUCUGAAUUAGAUUAUAAGAUUAAAGAUUUUGAUCAUGCUUAUAUUUAUUCAAGUGACAAUAAUAAUGAUGGUUUUGAAAUGAUUGAGGUUGAUGGUACUUAUGAUAAAGAAAUUGAAUUACGUGAAUUAAGAUUACAAAUGUUACAAGAAUUAUGCUAA